CAGACAACCUUCCCUUGUUUUUCUUGCUUUCUUCCUGCUUUUUCUACAUUCAGCAAGCCACCUUCAACUUCAUUCUUGAACAAAGCAUUCCGCAUUGUGACUCAUUUUGGAGAGAGAGAAAUGUGGGAACGGCUUUGUUAAGUUAUGCAUGUAACUUCUUAGAACUUCAGAAUUAGGUUUCCUAUUUUAUGGCAGGUUGAAGCUUAUCGAAAGGAAGUGAAUGGUUUAGAACAAGCUGUCCAUGAAAUUGAGAAGGAAAAUAUCUAUCUCAUCAACAAACUCUUUGAACGGAGACUACAAUUUCUUAAAGUACCCAGGAAGCUGUUUCUUACUCAAGGAGCUGGCUUGAAGUUUCCCGGAGAAAGCAUGGAUCAAGAAGAAGAAGAGGAACGGGUGCAGUCCGCAAAGGAUCUAGUCCUUUCUGCAGACCCAGAAUCAAGUGAGGAGAUAAGAGAACCGGAGGAGCAGUCGGCGGACGACUUCGAAGUGGUUUAUUUGCGGGGAAUGUCCACCAAUCAGUUUCUACCUCCUCUGCUGUACGAAGAUACAAACGACUUCAAGGAUUAUAAGGAGCUGGGUCCUUUGGAUGUGAAAUUAAUGUGCGCCGUGGGCCAGAAGAUGCCAAUUCAUGAAGACCUCAAAGAAAUGCCCAGCAAAAGUCAAUUGGAAGAGAGGUAUGACCCAAAUAAGGCUUCACAGCACAUCACUUACCGUAUGAUCAAAUCUGUAUUUCCUUAAAAUUGAGGAAGGCAAAGGGGAAAAGGUCCUUUCAGAUACUUGGGAGCCUCUUAAAAUUUCCUUUCGGUGCUAGGGGCCGUUGUGUAUAUGGAAAAAGAGGAAGGAAUAUUAAAAAUAUUGGCUGUCAAUUGUUGAUGGGGUUUUUUUUGCAACUGAUCUACAAAUUAAAAGAGAUUUGCGUUGGACUCACCGGGAAAGAAUAUAUGUUGUAUUGCCGAAUUCCUGUCAUUUGUUCCCAUCAGAUUAUAAACUUGCUUGUUACGGAAA